AUGACUGAAAUAUAAACAUCAAAUAGCUUAGUUUAUAAAUUAAGAGAUUAUGUUGCAGGUUCUGUUGGAGGAAUUACAUAGGUUUUGAUAGGUUAGCCAUUUGACACUAUUAAAGUUAGAUUACAAUCAUCAGUCACUAAAAUCUCUAUAGGUGAAUGUCUUAAAGAUCUAAUUCACAAUGAGGGAGUAUUUGCAUUUUACAAAGGAGUAGCAUCUCCAUUAAUAUGCAUGAGCGGAAUAGUUUCAAUUUAGUUUGGAAUGUUUCAAAACUCAAUGAGAAUCCUUAAGGAACAUUAUAAAGUAAAAGAAUUGUCUGUUCCUUAGUUGACAAUAUGUGGUAUUUUAUGCGGUAUAGGUUGUAGUAUCAUAGUAGGCCCUAUGGAGCAUAUAAGAAUUAAAAUGCAACUAAUGAAAAACAAGAUGUAUAAAAACACUAUUGAUUGUGCUAUUUAGGUUUAUAAAUAAUAUGGAGUUAAGGGACUUUAUAAGGGCCAGAUUAGUACUAUACUUAGAGAAAUACCUGGUGAAGUGGCAUAUUUCGUUUAUUAUGAGUUGCAAAUGAGGUAUCUUAGAAAGAAAUAUCAAGACAACCCAACUAUCCUUAAGUACUGUCCUCUCUUUGCAGGUGGUCUUGCUGGUUUAGUUUUCUGGGCAGUAAUUUAUCCAAUCGAUACAUUAAAAUCAAGAAUAUAAGGCGAUAGUUUUACAGAACCAAAAUACAGAGGAUUAUUAGAUGCUUAUCAAAAAACUGUUAAAAACGAAGGAUUCAAUUCUUUAUUUAAAGGUUUCACAGUCUGUGCAAUCAGAUCUAUUCCUGUAAAUGCCUUCGGUUUCCUUGCAUUUGAAGAAACAAAAAAACUUAUCGAAAGGAAAUAUUCAAACUCUCACCAUUGA